GAUUUUCUUACUACGUCAGAUUUUUAAGAACAAUAAAAGUUAUAUUAAAAGGGAAUAUAUUAUUUGUAACAGUAAAAUAAUUAUAAAAUAAAAACGACCGAACGAUUUCAACUGAUAAAUUACAUAAACGAAAACACUUUAAGAGAAAAACAAACUAAAUAAACAAAAAUAAACUACGUGUCUUUUUAAGUGACAUCAGCCUGAAAAAGAAAAACAAACAGCAGCAUCCCACAAUUACAACAACAGUUAUAACAAUAAGAUCUUAAAUAAUGGAGGAAGUUAAAGUAGACAUGUCCGGGGAUAUGAAUGUGCCCAAAACUGAGCCUAAAGCACAAUUUGAUUUUAGUUCCUUUACAAAGUUUCAAAAAAUUCCCACACCCAUGGAAUUGAUACAACAGACACGCCAAUGCAUCAGACCCUGGUCGGAGUUUUUGAAUACGAAUAACUUUAAAACAGCCGCUAGUAUGCCACGUUUGACUAGCCGUUUUGUUAGGAAUUUGGAUUAUUUUAAAAGCAAUUAUAUAUUUGUAUUCAUUGUCCUGAUGAUUUAUUGCCUCAUCACUUCUCCUUUAAUCCUGUUUGUCUUAGCCGGUGUGGCCUAUGCCAGUCACAGGGUCAGAAAAGCCGAUACCCCCGUCAGUGUGUUUGGUCAUCAAUUGUCCACAGCUCAUCAAAUAAUGGCUCUUAAUGUGGCUUCCGUACCCAUACUUUUCCUAGUAGGGGCAGGUUCCGCAUUAUUUUGGACUUUGGGCGCUUCCUGUUUUGUUAUUUCCCUGCAUGCCAUCUUUUAUAAUAUAGAUGCUAUUGUAACAGAAGAAUCAGAGGGAUUCUUAUCGGAAAUUGUUUAAACAAUCUCAACUAAAUCUAUUAACCAAACAGGGGCCUUAUUUUCGUAACUAAAGCAGAUUAAUUUGUUUUUUUACGUGAUUUUAUUUGAAAACGACUUCACUGUUAUAUUAUAUAUAUAUAUAUAUAUAUUUAUGUAUAGAUGUUGCAUUGCUUUAAUUUAAAAGAUAUUUUAGAGUUAUUUAACCAAAUCAGAGGUUUGAAUACUACUAAUAUUUGUAUGUCUCUCCAAUUUUUUUAACACUAAUUUAAAUAAAAUGAAAAAAAACUAA